UCGUUGGGACGGUGAGGAUGCCCACGGAAAUAUCAUUCCUGCAGUGAAUGCUGAUCGCAGUAGCUGCAACGUACGAAUGGAGUGGCGAAAAGUUGUUGACGUCAAUCGUCGUCAUGGUUACCAGUUCCGAAUGAUGAUCGACGGGGCAAAACCCAAGGUCCUUGUUGCGUUUAAUCGAUUCAACUCGCAUCAUUACACUCAAGUCGACCACUGUUCACUCGACCGUCUUUACCGGGGAGAUUAAAUGCAACUGGAUUGCGGCAGUGCUGCAGGGUAUGGUACCCAAUUCACAUGGCCGGGCUUUUAAGCGACCGCUCUGACAUUGUGACAUGAGUCUGCCCUGGCCGGUCGGGACGGAGCGACAUGGUGCGCAAGCUACCAUCUGCCAGCGCAAUUGCUGAACAGCAAGAGCAAGAAAUAGAAGUGCUGCACUCAAUCCUGGACACAGAUUUUGUCAAAGUCCCUCCGAGAAGUGUUUGGAAGAAUGCCCCCGCAAGAUUGUCUGAGUUCGAGAUUACGCUUCGACCCGAGGAUGACAGCCUCAAGGCGCAAGUCUCUGCUCUCAUGGUGGUUAAGCUGCCCAAGACGUAUCCAUAUGUGCAUCCCAUCAUUUCAAUUCAGCAGACUCCAGAUGACAAGCGCACGAAAGGAGUUAGCUCGACCGAGCUGCGCAAGUUGGAUGCUCAUAUCCAGCACACAUGCUCCGAGCUGCCACUGGGGACCGAAAUGAUCUGGGAGGUUGUCAGUCAGGCGCAAGAAUACAUCAGCAAUCACCAUGGCAUUGGGGAGCUAGAAAAGUCCAUGCUGAACAUCAGUCUAGGUGACCAGAUGCGCCUCCGAGCGCAGGAAGCUGAGCAGGCCAGAUUAGCAGCUCAAGAGGCGGCCCGACAGGUCCAGUCCAAGGAGGAACAGGAGAGGGCGAAAGCCCUGGCAGAUGCAAUCCGUCUCGAAGAAGAAAGGAAGGCCGAAGAGAUGGAGCGGGUAAAAGAGAGACAGGGCACGCAUUUGAGUUCCGUAACACCCGGAACGCCUGCCGUGUUUCGGACGCAAGAGACAACCCCUGGAAACUCGGUCCUGUCUACCGGCACAAGGGUUGAACGCUUCCUCGAUGCGAUUGCGACAGAGAGUGAUCCGAUCCAUCUCAUCCGCGUAGGGCCAAUUGUCGCUAUCGAGGCUCUGAGAACGCUGUACCUUGCCGACUCUGCACAACCACGAACAGAUGCGAAAGCCCCUGUUUCCUGGACGCUACUUCAAUACGAUAUCUGUUCACCACACUACUCCACGCUGACCGGAAAGAAGCAACUCGAAGAGCUGGAAUGGGAGCUGGAGCGCUUACGAAGCGUGCGAAGCGAACAUCUUCUGAAUGUUUUGGCUACAUCGCUCACUCGCGGGUCAGAAGAUGCCGACGAGAGUCUUCAAGGCUGGAAGCUGCUGAUCCUCACAGAGCAACCAGGUGGACCAAGUCUCCGUGAAGUGCUCGAGCAGUGCGACACUUUACCGUGGUCAAAAGUUAGAGAUUACACUCGUGCGCUACUAUCUGGCCUUCAACUCCUGCACACCAAUUCUCUGGUCCACCGCGCUCUCUCUCCGGACGUCAUAUUCCUUACCAGGAGACGUUCGAGGCCCUCAGUGCAUGAAACUUCACUGUUGAAGAUCGCCGAUGCCAGCUAUCAAAAGCGAUUAGAAGACAUGCACAGCCAAGCGCCCUUCCAUUCACCGCCCACGACCGAGCUUCCAGGCAAUGUACCGAAUCCCUGGCGCCCUCCCGAAACAUUGUCCGGCGCACCCUACUCUCGCAGUCAGGACACUUGGGACCUGGGACGCUUGCUGUGUCAAAUGCUUUUUGGCCUUGACUGCACCCAGCAUGCUGAUUCGCCCGCAUCUCUCCUGGAUGAUUACAGAGAUGGAAAAGGUACAGAAGUGGCAACAGACGUGAGACACUUUGUUCGCAGCCUGAUGAACCCAAACCCGCGCAAGAGACCGACAGCCAAGGCAGCUCUGGCAACGCUGGAAGAACUUAUCAAGUUUGAAGACACGAAUCAAAUGGGCUCAUCAACUCUCGCAGGCUCAAAGCAUCUGAUUCAUGCGCUGCGUAAACCUUCGCCACUGAACCCUUCAAUGCAGCUCCUGGGGACCUCACCAGAUGCGCAAUUUAACAGACUUGCAGCAUUCUGGCAAGCGGAUCGUAUGCCCACGGUUGAGCCAAGUGCAAGGUUCUCGAGAUAUGUCAGCGACUUUGAAGAGAUAGAGUUCUUGGGAAAAGGUGCUUUUGGAUCGGUCGUCAAAGCAAGGAACAAGCUUGAUGGUCGCUUCUACGCAAUCAAGAAAAUUCGCCUCAGCGACUCGGCUGAGAAUGAUGAACGAACGCUACGGGAAGUCACCGCGCUGUCGCGUCUCAAUCACGCGCACAUUGUGCGCUACGUUACAUGCUGGAUCGAACAAGAAGUCCUUUCCGAUGGCCACACGACGGAGAGUAGUACUAGCGGGGCUCCGCUUUACCGCCCACGACAGAGCGUUACUGGCAGUGAUGAGAGAGAGGCAGCUGCAGAUAACUUUAGCUUUCGUCUCAACUUUGAAGCAGACCUCGAUGCCGACUUUCUCUCCGUCGGCCACGAUGCUUUGUCGAAGAAUGCGUCUUACCAGGAUAUCAAAUUUGGUGGCGACGAUUCUGAUGAAGAGAGCAGCUCCGAUGACAGUGGGGGUAGCUCAGCGCAUGUCGUUUCCAGCGCAAAGCCUUCCACAAAUGGCAUGAAGGAUAUAUGGAGUCGCCCAGGCAUCACUUCGGAAAGCGGCGAAGCUCAUCUCGCUACGCGGCGAACACUCUUCAUCCAAAUGGAGUACAUCAGCGGAUCCACCUUGCGAGACGUCAUUGACAAAGGGCUUUCUGUGGAGGAAUCAUGGCGAAUCUUUCGUCAAAUGUUGGAGGCCUUGUCACACAUCAACUAUUCCAUGGGCGUCAUUCAUCGUGAUUUGAAGCCAAGCAACGUGAUGAUGUCGGGGGACGCUGAGGUCAAGAUUGGGGACUUCGGUCUUGCCACGACAGAUGUUACCAGAGCACUCGAGGACUCAACGGACGGCGAAAAUAUGGUGCAGUCGACUGGGGACCUCACGAGCGAUGUUGGAACCAAUCUUUACAUUGCUCCUGAAGUGAUCAAGAAGGUCGGAAGGUAUGACGCCAAGGUCGACAUGUACUCGCUCGGUGUAAUCUUCUUCGAGAUGCUUGCGUCCCAGAGAGCGUAUACGACCGGCAUGGAGCGAGUAGCAGUUCUGCGUGAACUACGCACGGAGGAGAUCACGCUGCCAUCUGCUUGGCCGUUUGAUGACCAGGCUCCGCAGACCAAGAUUGUUCGAUGGCUUCUCAAUCAUCGAGCGGAAGCAAGACCGUCUCCGAUGGAGCUCCUCAAGAGCGACCUGCUUCCCCUUAAGCUCGAGGAUGAAUACAUUGACGAAUGCCUACGCUUGAUGACCAACACGUCGUCAACGUACCAUGAUCGCCUUCUGGGAGCUCUCUUUGGCAGAUCUGAUGUGGACGACGUCCGUGACUUCACAUUCGACAUGGGGGCCGAAUUGGACGCAGACACAUCGCUCACUGCUGUUAUCUGCGAUCACAUGCGCGUCAUCUUUCAACGGCAUGGCGCUGUGCAGUCGCGCAUUCCACCUUUGGUGCCACCGAAUGAGCUUUAUGUCGCCCAAGCAGAGGAUCGCAAGCUCGUUCGCAUGCUUGACCGCUCUGGCCUGCUUGUCUAUCUCCCAUUCGAUGGACUGCUCCCAUUUGCGCGUGCUUUCAAGGAUACCCAGACCAAGCGAUUCAAGCGCUACGACAUCUCAACGGUAUAUCGCGACAAUCCGAUUGCUGGUGGACAGCCUCGCUCGGUGAUGGAAGUCAACUUCGAUGUUAUCACUCCGGAGCGAACACCGGCACAGGAGGCAGAAGUUUUUAAAGUCCUGCAGGAGCUCAUUGAGGAGGUCCCUGGACUCAAGCAUGACUGGGUCAUUCAGCUCAACCAUCGAGCAGUUCUUGAUCUGAUUCUGGAGCGCGUUCCAAAGCAGCGUCACGCUGCCGUAGGGUCUACCUUUGCGGCCACUCUGUCGAUCAAGCAGACACCUACAAUCACGCAGAACCUUCACAACAAACUAUUGGACCUACAAUUGACGCGCUCGGUCAUCGAAGAGCUGAAUGCCGCCAACCUAUCAGGUUCCGUCAGCGAUGUUCAACCCCGACUUGAGCGGCUCCUACCCAGCGAGCACAAGAAAUUGCUCAGAGCUGCAGUGGACGAGCUCGCAUCGAUCAUCAGCGCAGCGCGCUCUCUCGGCGUGCACCUGCCGAUCCUUUUUACGCCAUUGCUAGCUCAGAACGCAUCUUACUUCAAAGGCGGUGUGAUAUUUCAGCUCGUCCGAGUGGGCAAGAAGCGGCUGGAUGUGCUCGCAGCUGGGGGCCGCUAUGACUAUCUACUCAAGCGCUUUGCAAACCCCGGCGCGUCUUCUAGCUCUCCACCUCCCCACGGUGUCGGCGUGCAGAUUGCAGUGGGGAAGGUCGCUCUCGCCCUGUCUCGAUAUCAGGAGCUGCAAGUCCCGCAUUUGAUGAGCAAGGCAGCUGAAGAAGAACGUUCUCUAGGAUGGUGGACACCACGGCGAUGCGAUGUCUACGUCGUAGGCGGCCAGGCAGGCGCUCUGGAGGCGGUCAUGGAUGUCUGUCGCGAGCUGUGGUCCUUUGGGAUCUGUGCAGACUUCGAGAGUGGCACGCUAGAUGUACCACCCGAGCGUCUAGCAGCGGCAUGCAAAGCAGAAGGUAUCCUUCUCGUGGUCACAGUGCGAGCACGACAUACGACGCUGAAGGUCAGAAAUGUCCUGCAUCGCCAGGACGUCGAAGUGGACCGCGAAGAGCUGGUGUCUUGGCUACAAGAGCACCUUAUGAGGCAGAGGAUGGUCGACCAGCAGCAGCUCGGCAAUCAGCAGCUGCUCCACCUCCCGGCCGGCCAUUCAACAGGUGGUGGACCCGGUGCAUUACACGUCACCAGUCCUCUGCCGACGUCUUCCGCCGGAGGGUUCGGAUCCUACCAGAGCAGCCCCUACUUUUCAUCACGUGGAGCCUCUGCGGCCGAGAACAGCAUCAUAUGCCAAGUGGUCAUGCCCUCGCUGAAGUACCCUGGCGUCGACAAGUAUGGGCGUGGGAACAAGGAUCGAAGGCAGUCCAAGAGCUCCAAGCAAGCGAUCAUCGACAAGGCGACGCGAGAUGCGCAGCGGAUCGGCGAUGAUGUGCUACGUGGCCGCAUGCCGAUCAUCGCGAUUGACAUGGGCAGCGCAGAGAUGCAGCGCUUCGCUGGAGCGCUAUCACUGGACGCCAACAGCAGCGGGGGCGGCGGUGCGGGUGGAAGCGCCAGCGGACAGCUCGCUGGGGCCGCUGCAGCAGGAGGAGGAGGGACAGGCGAUGCGAUGCGCGCACACUUGGACACCCUACAGAGCACGGCGGACAGAGACUAUGCCAAGUUGGUCAAAAAUCAGAUCUUUGCCACGCUCUCGCAAGGGGCGACUAGCAACGCGGCUGGCAGUGCUCGCGUGAUAUUGUACUCGGUGCGGGAUGAGCGCAGCGUGAUCGUGCAGCUGUGAAGGGAGAGACAAGUCAGGGCAAUAGGGAGGGUCUGUACAAUUGCUCAAAGUAUCUUGUGCAAAAUUGCCGCAU